UAAGGCAGGGUGGUCUCAUUCCUAUAUUCUUGUUUCUAUCACGGUAUCACAUACCCACCGGGUUAUCCUCGUCGACUGCAAACAAUGCCACUUGAGGCACUCCCAGUCGAGAUCCUCCGCCUGAUAUGUCGGCUAGUAGGCAGCGAGGAGACCCAAAAGCAAAAAGCACGCUGCCUUCUGGUCUGCAAAUGGUGGUACACAACUACAGAGCCCAUUUUAUAUGAAGACUUAGUCCUCAGCGCCAACCACCUCCUCCAAAUGCCGGACUCUGCGGCAAAGAAGCUCGUUCAAUAUGCACGGCACGUCCAAAUCUACACAGAUUCAAGACUAGAUUGGCCGUGUAGCAGUCCGGAAUAUCUGCUGGGCGAGCGCUUCAGGAUGCUGCUCUCCCCUGAACCUGGCGCUCUAGCUUCAGCUCCAGCCCCGACUCAAUUGAAAUCAUUCAUAUUGCGAACUCACACCCCAUAUGACAGCGGCAGACUUCUGAAUCCUCGGUAUCGGUGUCUGCCUAAAUGGUCGCCGAUUGCGCUCGUAGAUUCGCUUGCCGUGUCCAGCCUUGAGCACCUGGUGCUUGAUACUCGGGACUUGAGGUUCAAGGGUGGGAAGCAUGUGUGUCCCUGUGUAGCGCGGAAAAUGCCAUCGCUGCGAUCUCUGCGGUUGCGCAUGCGUAGGAUCUGCCCCCGGGUUCUCGAUAUGCAGCAGACGCACCCGAGCUCGAUCACGAGCACAUCUAGGAUUGAAAGCAUCAUUAUUAACCUCAGCCUCGUUGAGCCAGGCCAUACCUAUGGGCGGUUUAGCCGUCAUUGUACCAGGGUUAUGUCGACUUACGGAUUGUUCAAUGAGAUGAUUAGGGUAGCUAGCGAGAUGGCGAAGCAGACGCCCAGUCUUAGGCAAGUGAGGAUCCUGCGUCAUAAAAACCCGACAGCCAGUGUAUUGGCUCAUGAUUGUGUUACUGGGAAUAGGACUGUCUUGCUUGGUGAUCAGCAGUGGGAUUGGGGUGAUCAUGGGAAGCCGUUUAAUAGUGAGAUUCAUGAGAUUAUUUGUGAUCGGGAAACGGCUUCUAUAAGUAGUAUGGAUGAUUUUGUGGAUCAUGGAGGUGACUGAAUAUGUUUAUUUGUCAUGUACGAUAUGCUGCGAUAAAAGUUCAAAGAAUUGUACCAUUUAUGAUCAGCUAUUUUAGUUCAGGGCUGGUAUUUUCUUUUCAGGUAACUUGCGAAG